AUGGACGCCAUCGCGCAGCGCAAGGAGGAGUCGCUCGAGUUCAAGGAGCGCGCCGAGCGCGCCAUCGAGGCGUUCAACGUCCAAAACUUCAAGCGCGCGGAGCAGCACCUCUCGUCGGCCAUCGAAUUUGACCCGGAGAGCCACGCCAUCGAACUUGACCCGGAGAACCACGCGAUGGAGAAGUUCGAGCGCGCGCUGCGCGACGCGAACGAGUGCGUGCGGCUGCAGCCGACCUGGGCCAAGGGCUACUCGCGGCAGGCGGCGGCGUUCCUGAGCAUGGGCGACCUGCAGGCGGCGCGGGACGCGUGCAUGCGAGGCUUGUGCCCCUCUUUCCCGCGCGGAGAGUGGUCUCUCGGUGUGGCGUGUGGCCGCCCCUCAAACGAUGUCUCUGGGCGCUGCUUAGGCCUCGACCUCGAGCCGGAGAACUCGCAGUUUCUUCAUUACCGGUUGCUGGUGGGUGGCCAGGUCAAGGAGGAGCUGCGGCGCGUCGAGAUUGCGGAGAGUCUCGCGCUCAAAGACGCGGCCACGGAGGCCUUCAAGGGUCAGGACUACGAGAAGGCAGCGAUGCAGCUGUACGAGAAGGCGCUCGAGGACGCCGACGAGUGCGUGCGGCUGCAGCCGACCUGGGCCAAGGGCUACUCGCGCCGGGCCGCCGCAAAGUUCCACUUGGGCGACCUGCAGGCCCCGGCCGAGGGCUUUAGUCCCCCACCCGCGUGGGACCUCGAGCCGACAAACGCAAAGACAAAGGCGGACCUCGAGCAUGUCCUCUCCGAGAUCGCGGGCAUGCGCGUCGUGCUGCCCGAGAGAGCAAGCUGA